AUGCCUGGAAACAACCAAACUGUAAUCUCUCAGUUCCUCCUCCUGGGCUUGACCAUUGCUCCUGAGCAACAGCACCUGUUCUUUGCCCUGUUCCUGGCCAUGUACCUCACCACCAUCCUGGGGAACCUCAUCAUCAUCAUCCUCAUCCUUCUGGACUCACAUCUCCACACACCCAUGUACUUGUUUCUCAGCAACUUGUCCUUCACUGAUCUCUGUUUUUCCUCUGUUACAAUGCCCAAGCUGCUGCAAAACAUGCAGAGCCAAGUACCAUCUAUUCCCUAUGCAGGUUGCCUGGCACAAAUGUAUUUCUUUGUGUUUUUUGGUGAUGUUGAGAGUUUACUACUUGUUGCCAUGGCCUAUGACCGUUAUGUGGCCAUCUGCUUUCCUCUUCAUUAUACCAGCAUCAUGAGCCCCAAGCUCUGUGUGAGCCUAGUGCUGCUAUCCUGGUCACUGACAACAUUGUAUGCCAUGUUGCACACUUUGCUCUUAACUAGAUUGUCUUUCUGUGAUAACAAUGUGAUCCCCCAUUUUUUCUGUGAUCUGUCUGCUCUCCUGAAGCUGGCCUGCUCUGAUAUUCACAUUAAUGAGUUGGUGGUAUUAAUCAUAGGAGGGCUUGUUGUUAUACUUCCAUUUCUACUCAUCAUAUUGUCUUAUGCAUGCAUCGUAUUCUCCAUCCUCAAGGUCCCUUCAGCUCGAGGUAUCCACAAAGUCUUCUCCACUUGUGGCUCCCACCUGUCUGUGGUGUCACUGUUCUAUGGGACAGUCAUUGGUCUGUACUUAUGUCCAUCUGCUAGUAACUCUACUGUGAAGGAUACUGUCAUGUCCCUAAUGUACACAGUGGUGACUCCAAUGCUGAACCCCUUCAUCUACAGCCUGAGGAACAGAGAUAUGAAGGGAGCCCUAAAAAGAGUGAUUCAAAAGAAAACUCUCUUCUAACUAUGGUAACUACAUUUCAGAUGUUUUUAUA